UUACUCUCCUCCUCCUUGCCCCUCGUGUCCUCCGCUCCCUUUCCUCUCCUCCUCGUGCCGAGCUUCGGUUUCUCUCCCGCGGACCCCGACGCCGACUUCCGGGUCACGCCGCCAUUUCUACCGGCGACAAAGCCGAGACCCGGGGCUUUGCGGGUCCAGCGACACCCACAGCCGUAGCAUCAUCAACAACAACAUCAGCAGCAGCAACAAUUAUAACCCAGCUGUUCCACCAAUUCGCUCUUCAUUAACAUUCUCUCACAUUAUUCAUCAUCUGACGCCUUCAUCUCACCAUCAUCGUCCGCCUCGCCCCGGCUCUGCGCUGCGAUGUCUUUCAAGCCAAAUUCCUCGUCCCCCGCGCCUCUCCCGGUGAACAGUCAAGAAACGUGGUUGGUGAGUGCGGUUGGUCCUGGUUCUCGUGGUCUCCCUGCAGGGGGGGGUGUCCCGUCCCCAGGCCCCGCGGCGCAGCCGCUCCCUCGCCCCCUCUUCAACGACUACGGCCCCCCCUCUCUGGGCUACCUCUCGGCUGGAGGGGGCCCACAGCAGCCGCCACAGAGCAAAUACGCAGAGCUGCUGGCCGUCAUCGAGGAGCUGGGGCGCGACAUCCGCCCCACGUACGCGGGGAGCAAGAGUGCCACGGAGCGGCUCAAGCGCGGUGAGCACAGUAUCAUGCACGCGCGCGCGCUUGUGCGCGAGUGUCUGGCCGAGACAGAACGAUCCGCGCGUUCCUAAAACAGCGCCCAUCGAGGAAAGGUUCGGCACACUUUGGCACCGUUGUUCAACGUCUCACAACGACGCCAGCUCAACAACGUCUUGCCACAAGCGCCAAUCUAUCAAGGUCUCAGGUGCCCUACCGUCUUAGCGGGAAGUGCACCCACAGAUGGCACUUGGUACCAGCUCGGAGCUCCUGCAGCCUUGAGAGGUGACUGCUGACCGCCGUGGACGUUGUGUUAAUUUAGGGUUGUGUAAUUCAAGCCCGGUUUGUCUCAUUUUUAUACAACACCUUUUACAAAAUAAAGUAAUACUUUCAAACGUU